AAUUUUAUCAUCUUCUCAGACUCUCUGGCCUCUGCUCUCAGCUCAAUGGCGAGUUCCUUUUCUUCAAUCUAUCUACCACGAUGUUUCAUCGCCAACAAUGGCAGUCACAAAUCAAACCCAUCAACGAGCAGUCUCAUCCUCAACAAAUCUACAAAGCAUCAUCAUCGUCCACUAUCUUCUUCCCCGGCUUCCGUCGUAGAAACUAAUGGCAACGACGAAGACAACUUCAAUCUGAGUGGUUGCAGAGGGUGCGGGAAGGAGGAGAAAGAGAGUGGUUGCAAUGGCGAAGGGAGGAUUCAAGGCGGCAUUGCUACAGUCCCUGGUUUCGGUUGGUGGCCCAUUAAGGCUUACAGGCCUUGCCCUGCUUUUGUGGAGGCCGGAGGUAGAUACCGCCGCUUAGGCCAGAGCAUGGACGAGGUUGCCUUUGGUCGUGGUGACUCUAAAUCCACCUCUGAUUCUCAGCUAACCGAAAACAAGCUCAAGUCUUAGUAAGUUCAACAAGUGAAAUAAUCAAAGGUUUAAAAACAAGUCUUUUUGUCAUUUGUAAUUUUGGAUAUUAUAUUUUUGUUGGUUGAAACGAGAAAUUUAUUGAUCAGAAAAAAAAAAAUGUAGUGAUCGCUAGAAUCUCAAAGAUGUAUAGUUGAAUUAUGUACGUGUUUAAGUUUCAUCAGUUUUCAACUCAAAAGUCAAAACCAGGUCUCUUCUA